AUGACUCCGUCAUCCGAAAAGUUUCUGAAAAGGAAAGCACAGUCUACUAAACAAGCGCGACUACCAGAGCUGUUCUUCUCUGGAUCUGGUCUUUCUGACCAUGUUGGUUCAUCUGAUCCAGGAACGUCGAGUGUCCAUCCACCACUAGGAAUACUGAAUACCCAUUUUCAAUCUCAAAAUCGGAAUUGCUCUUCUGUCUCUCUGAUUCUAAGUGAGAAUCACUCCACCACUGCGCCUUCUGUGGACUCGCUAUUCUCGUCGCUCAAUCACGAGCAAAAGAUGGCCGCAGAGGCGUCUCCUGGUAUUCUACAAAUUGUGGCUGGUCCUGGCACCGGAAAAACCAAAGUACUUGUUUCACGUGUGGCACACCUUCUUCUACGCCAGCGUAUUCCGCCGCAGAAUAUUGUGGUGACAACUUUCACCAAAAAGGCCGCCGCCGAGUUGGUUGAGCGGCUUAGAGUCCUUGGACCGCAGGUGGACGUGGACAAAAUCCUUGUCGGAACGUUCCACAGCAUUUGUUUUAGGCUAGUACGGCGCUUCGGGGCAAAAAUUGGUCUUCCUCGCGUGAGUGUGGCCGAUGAAAAGGAUGCGGUUCAGUUAGUGGCUCAGGCUUUGGAAAAAGUCGAUGUUAGCGCAUAUCCCGACGACGAAACGGCUCCUUUCAAAGCAAGGUCUGGUAUCGACUCCAAAAAGGUCCGCCGCCAUCUCUCCCGCCUAAAAGCAAGUCUGGCGGAGAUGAGCCGGAGUCCUGCCGAUGGCAAACGUUUCAUCUCUCGUGUGCUGUCCCUCUACCAAGAAUUACUUACGGCAAGCCAUCUUAUAGACUUUGACGAUUGUCUCAUCCUUGCUCUCCGUCUACUAAGAGAUCAUCACAUUCUACCCCAUGUUGAGCAUACUUUAGUGGACGAGUUUCAGGAUUGCUCUGCAGUUCAACUCGAGCUCAUGUACGCAUUUUCUCAAGGCCGCAGCGUGACAGUGGUAGGCGAUCCUGAUCAGAGCAUCUACGCUUUUCGAGCUGCCCAAAGCGGAACUUUCGGCGACAUGCGCCGCCACUACGAAGAAUUGGGCUGUACAUACCAGGUAGUUCGUCUUACAGAGAACUAUCGGUCGACUGCAGCGAUUCUCGCUCUCUCGGAACGGGUGAUGCGACAACAGAUGGGACGAGAGGAAAAAACCCUUCGGGCACAGCACACUGCUAGCAUUUUGCCUGGUUACGCUUGUCUUGAUUCUGCUGCGCAGGAGGCCCGUUGGAUUGCACACCACAUCUCUCACCUAGGGCAGUACGAGAUUUUCGAUCGGGCAGACUUUGCUGUGCUUGUGAGAACGGCGUAUCAAACACGCGCAAUAGAAACGGAAUUUGCCCGGGCAAAAAUCCCAUAUACCAUUGUUAAAGGGCGGGCUUUUUGGGAGAGGCGUGAUGUGGUGGCAGUUGUGGAUUAUUUGCGGGCAGUAGCGAGUGACUAUGAUCGCUUGGCGCUUUUCCGGGCUCUCAAUGUUCCACGUCGAGGUUUCGGGCCAAAAUCCGUCGCGGAGUUGGUACAACUCCAUGAAAAACACAAAUGUCUGGCUUUUGAAACAUUGAAACAAGUUGCGUCAGGUGCAAUCCAGUCGUCGUUGGGCCAAAAAGCUCAGGCACAACUUACAGGUUUUGUGAACUUUGUGGAAAAAGCUCGUAGCUGCUUAUCGGAAUGUUAUGAAGCAAAUGACUUGGGCCGCUUUUUCAAUUAUGUGUACGUCCAGUCAGGGCUAGAGAAGGAACUAGAGCCCGAUUCGGAAGGAAAUAUACUGGAAGUGCGUUCUCAGCUAGCGCAAUUUGUGCUGGAGGACGAGGAAGUUAGUGGCCAAAUGGGGGAAAUUGAAACAGAAAAGGAAGAAUUGAGAAUUCGGGUAGAUACGGGGGACAAAAAUAUCAGUAUAUCCAAGAUCAAAAAGGCAGAGAGCAAUUUAGAUGUAGGUCGUGAACAUCUUCGCCAGUUUCUUGAGCUGCUUUCUCUUUUUGACACAGAUCUGUCCCAAGAAUCGUCACAAAAAGUAUCCAUCUCAACCAUACACGGUGCCAAAGGUUUGGAGUGGCCUGUUGUUUUUGUUCCGGGUCUCAGUGAAGGCUUACUUCCCGCAAGUUUUGCUGUGGAUGAUAGUAAGCCAGAGACCAUCAAUGAGGAGCGCCGCUGUUUUUAUGUUGCUGCUAGCAGAGCCAAAGUGCUAUUGUUUCUUUCCGCCUACACUGAAGAUCUGGAUGGCCAAUGGGGGCGGAAACCCAUUGAGAAGCCAUCUCGAUUUCUCAAGGACCUUGAAGGUUUGAUCUGCUCAAAAUUGUCUUGGCCACAAGAAACCAUAGAAAUUUUGCAAACGAUCACGGGUCGUCUGCCAACAAAGGUGGAUUACAAAAAACUAGAGGAAAAGUAUCAGUUGUGCUUGCAAGCAUAUGUGAGGAAAGGCGUCGAUCCAACUUCUGUCACUACGGGUUUUGCAUCUGCAAAUGAAUUCAAGAGAAACGGAAAAGCACCAGCUUAUAUCCCCGUACGACCAAGCAAAAAACAUAAUUCUCAUCCAAUGGCUCUGCCAAUAAUAGCACCGGAGUUAAAAAAGACCAGUUUCGAUAGAAGAAACUAUGCACCGAAAUUCUCUAGUCCCGCGUGCAAUAGCGAUUCUACUUCACGACAAAAAAUGGCUCCUGAAAUAUCAGCGGCUUCAUCCGCAUCUACUUCUGUCAAAAGAGCUCCAGCGUAUAUUCCUACUCGUACUACAACGAAGCGACGUCUCGGUACAAGAUGA